AUGAGCUUCUUCCUCCCCAUUUCCGAUGACUUCAACGCUGGCCUGUUCCAGCUUCUCAAUGAGAUCGAAACUCAACAGAACAAGUCGGCGAAUCACUGCCCGGCCUUUGUAGCCCCGGCGCAGUUCCGUCAGAAGGCUAGACAAUGCCAGCCUCGCCGCGCCACCAUUCACCCCAACUGGGACGUCAGGGAGACCGAGAACGCAUACGAGUUGUACGGCGAACUUCCCGGCGUGGAGCGCGAGAACCUCAACAUUGAGUUCCCUGGCCACGAGACCAUUGUCAUCAGCGGCCACGUUGAGCGCAACUACGGCCCGGCCCCGACCAAUGAAAUCACGGCCCCGGCCACCGCCCCGGCUGCCGAGAGCACUGUCGAUGAGAGCAAGAACGUAGCCGAGGAAUCGGCCCCCGUCGCGACUGAGCCCGAGGGCAAGAAGUCCCGCCGCUCCUCCCAUCAAGCUACCGUUGAGGACGACCCGGAGGACGAGAAUAACUCCCGGCCGUCGACCCCGGGUUCUUCUUGGUCUGAGGAGAUCACGCCCGCGGUCGUGCCGCAACAAGAACAGGCCAAGAAGCAGCAGCAGCAGAAGCCACAGCAGGCUCAGCACAAGUACUGGGUUCGUGAGCGGUCGAUUGGCCAGUUCCGCCGGGUCUUCAACUUCGCUUCGCGGAUUGACGAGGACGCCGUCACCGCCAACUUGAACAACGGCAUCUUGAGCAUUGUGGUGCCGAAGGCGAAGCUCACUGCUCCUAGGAAGAUUGUCAUUUUCUAA